AUGAUGGAUGAUCCCGCUUCCCCGACCAUCUACCGCGUCGCCGGGGAGCCUCCAUAUCCGGACCCAAACAACCCAUCGCUGCCGGCCAGUAUUGUCCCUCGUCAAGUGACCCUGCGAGAUAGACAGACUGUCGCCACGAUCGUGCCCUUCGUGUCUCGCCAUCAAGUGCCUCUCUCGCUUCUCAGGUACAUGAGCGACCAGUUUGCGAAGGAGGUCAACAAUGGAGACACAUAUCCCAUGAUCGAGCCCAUGCCAUUCGAGAAGUUUGCAUCCUACUGGUUCCAGAACUUCGGCGCCAUCAUGCUCCUGGGCAAGAUCGAGAAGCCCGAGGACGUGGUUGACGACAAGGACUGGUCCAAGGAGUGCCUCGGCAGCUUCUACAUCAAGCCCAACUACCCCGGGCGGAGCUCUCAUGUCUGCAACGCCGGCUUCCUUGUGACGGACGCCGCAAGAAACCGCGGUGUUGGCCGCCUGAUGGGCGAGGCUUAUCUUGACUAUGCACCAAAGCUAGGCUACACGUACUCCGUCUUCAACCUCGUCUAUGAGACCAAUGUGGCAUCGUGCAAGAUCUGGGACGCGCUGGGGUUCAAGCGCAUUGGCAGGGUCAAGGGCUGCGGCAACCUCAAGAGCUACCCGGGUCGACUCAUCGACGCCAUCAUCUACGGACGAGAUCUCUCGGUCGACGAGAACAGCGAGGAACUUGUGAGUGAAGAACGCUUCGACAAGAUCAAGUUCUAUCUCAAAUACGGUAAAUACCCUAACGGCGCUGACCGGGCCGAGAAAAGCAGACUUCGUAGCGCCGCGACACACUACAAGCUGCUUGAUGACGACAAACUCAUGCUCAAGGACAAGGAGGUCAUCUCGGACCCCCAGAGACAGUACGACAUCUCCCGUCAGGUCCACUCGCAGCACCAUGGCGGUAUCAACAAGACCACCGCCACCAUUGCUGAGAAGUACCACUGGAGCCGCAUAAAAGAGACCGUUUCCGAUGUAAUUAGGGCAUGUGCCGAAUGCAAAGACUCGUCAAAGUCAAUCCCAAGCUUAGGCCACGGCAACUCUGUCCAUCAGAAGAAGCCGUCCACGCCAAGCCAGAAGCAAAGUGAUGCUACUACUCCUCCUGCUGCUCCUGUGCCGGCUGCCACUGUGUCGUCUGCUCCUGUCAUCCCGGCCAUCGCGAAUAUCGUCUCGACGCCUGUAGCAGACAGGCCAGAUAGAGACGACCCCGGUCACGCCAGCGCCCACCUGCCCGGUCACGCCCACGCCCAUCUGCCCAGUUUCUCCCCGGCUCCAUACUCGGUUCACCAUGAUGACAUGUCCAUCAUCAACCAGCCGCCGCCAAGCCACCCAUCGCCAUCGUCAUACGCGCAUCACCACCCCAUACCCGUCCAUCACCACCACGACUCGUAUCACUCGUACCACACCGACGCAGAGGCAAACAGCUUCCAGGACCUGCUUGCAGUCGGGAACCACAGCCACGUCGAGGGCGCGGAAGAUGAUGCAGUGGAUCGUGACCUCGACAUGAUACUCAUGGAGCAGACAGACGACGACGGCCCUGACGAGGCAAGUGCCCGGAUGGACGUCGACGGCCUGGAUGUGGAUGUGGGUGUCGGGGUUGGCGUUGGCGUUGAUUUACCAGGCAGCGGAGGGGAACAUGACGACCUUUCUAAGAUGAGCGUCGGUCAUGUUCUUGCGACGCCUGAGCCUGAUGACCAAGUCGGCGUGGACGUGGAAGAGGGUGGGCCGGCCACGAGCAAGGACAAGGAGGAUGCUGGUGUUUUUGGCAUUGGUUACCCGCCUGCAGGAUGA